AUGCAUUACGAAUCAGUCAUCCUUGCUCUCUUCACAGCAGCUUGCGUCUCCGCCGUUCCCUUGAACAUUAAUCUCGGUGCCUACUCUCCCGCCUUGGUCGUCGGCGAUGGUGAAAUCUCGUUUGGUUCUGGCGCCGAGGCUGAAGCACUCGUCAACACAUUGUCAGGCGCCUCGGCCGGCACAGAAGCAGCCACCGCCAUCGAGGGCCUGAAUCAGGCCGGCGUAAACACACCCACGAUCAUCACUCCCGCAGAAGCUUUAGCAAGUGCGUCCUCCCUCCCCUCAGGUAUCUUCGGCAUUGGGCGAAUUGUCAAUACCCUCGAGCCCCGGAAGGACAUUACUGAUACCGAUGUAGAGAAGCGCGACCUCGCUGGAUUUAACGCCGCCCUGAAUUAUGCAACUGGAGCCUUGAAGACAAGUCCUGGUGUUGAGCUGGGAACUGGAGAAGGGGGGUCGGGUGUUGGGAUUACGGUCAAGCCUGGUGGUGCGAUUACGAGGAGAGAGGACGGCGGUCUGCCGACUGUUACUUUGCUCAAGAUCAGAACGCUGGGUGAUCAACGUGGCCCUGCGAAGCUUCGACGCACAAGGGAUGUUGAGGAAAGGGAAGUCUCUCUCGAGUCAAUUGAUGAGGUGAACCUGAACUUGGAUGGAGCUGUCGAGAUGACUGUUGCCGAGGUCAAACCAUGAGCGUAUGUUGAAAGAACUUUGAUAGUUGUGGCUGCGUGAUAAACGUGC